AUGGCCUUGCUUCUACCUCUGAGGCAGUUGAGUGUUGCAAGGAUUGCUGCGGCGCCUGUGACAGAGGUUCUUGCCUCUGCCAGUGCCAGCAGAAGUGCACUGCAGCCAUGUCGCCCAUCAGCUGGAAUGCCUUGGAUGCAGGUGAGACCAUUCGGCGGCUACAAUCGGCCAAGCGGUCCACCUGUACAACGAUCGACAUUUGCACCGUACCCCAUGGUUCCUUACGGAGUGAAGCGCAGUGCUGCUUACCGUGAAUCCAAAAAGGCUGCUCGCAAAGCAGCUGAACGAGCUCGUAGAUCGCAAGAGGAGAAAGGCAUGCUUCUCGAUCCAAAAAAACAAUUGCGAAUGGAGCUGAAGAGAAAUACUGGUAUUGGCUGGUACAGGUGCGAUCAGAUAAUCAAGCACCUGGAGAUGCAUGAGCGGGGCAAAGGGCCACCGAUGGAUCAGGCCAUGCGCGAUCGGAUCACCAAUAUCGCUAGAGUGGUGAGGAUGGGCAAGUGA